AUGGGAAGCUUCGUGUUCAAAUGGCCCCAUCCAGAGGCCAACGAUGUCCACGUUACGGGCACCUUCGAUGACUGGGGAAAGAGCGUCAAACUGGACAAGGUCGGCGACAUCUGGGAAAAAGAGGUGGAUUUGCCAGAGGCAGACAAGAAAAUCUUCUACAAGUUCGUCGUCAACGACCAGUGGAUCAUCGAUCCCGAUGCGCCUCAAGAGGACGACGGCCGUGGGAACGUCAACAAUGUGCUCCUCCCCGAGCACAUCAAGCCUAAGCCGUCCAUGGUGCCCGAGGCUGUGACCAUGUCCAGCGCGGCCCCUGAGAGCACUACGGCAGCUAUGGCUGGUCAAGUGCCCUUGGAACCAAAGAAAGAGGCGACUGAAGUUACACCUGCCUCUGAAUCCCACCUCAACAAAGAGCCCACUGGAAGCAGCGUGCCGGGCACAUUCCCCGAGACUCCUGCAAAAGAACCGGACUCUUACGGUGUCAGUCCCUUGCCGCCCACCAGCGGCGCAGGCAAUCCUAUCGAUCUUCCCGCAGGCGAAAAAGUUCCCCCUCCCGGCGAAGUCACUGCAAACACCAUUGAAUCUGCUGUGACCACAUCAAAGGAAGACUACGAAAGCGCGGGCUCGGGUAUUCCAAUCAUUGGAGGAGCACUUUCUGCGCUGGGCCUUGCAGGCGCAGCAGCCAAAAAGGAGAAAUUAAUUCCCGAGUCUUCUCUGCCUAUGGGUCCGGAUGCCGGAAAGUCACUUGACGCUGGUCCCUUCAUCAACUCAGCUGGAGCAUCUUCGACCACGGCCGAAAUGGCUGGGAAAGUGCCUUUGGAGGAAAGAAAGCCGGCGACGGAGAUAGAACCUGGUGCGCAAGCAACCACAUCUACGGUACCCGAGGUGGUCAAGGAAUCCAUCGCAGAGGCACAUACUGAACCUGAAGCCACCACAUCUGCCGAAGCGGUCAAAGAAAAGGCGGAAGUUGAACAAGAGCUGCUGAAGAGGGUGCCAGGGACUGAUGAGGCUGGAGAGCCCGCACCAAUGAUUGCAGCCGCCACCGCGGAGACGGCACCGUCACCCACUCCAGGUCCAAACAACGGCAUCGUCCCUGGGGAAUCCUCUACAGCUGCAGCCGCUGUGGCUGACGGCACCGAUGGGACAGCCGAGCCUAUAGAAGCUGCAAAGCACCCGGUUGAAGCAGAGAAGACAGAAGGGGACACCACUGAAUAUGCCCCGCUUCACGCAGCAGGCGCAGCUCCUGGAGUGUCGGAAUCUGCAGCUGCUGCAGUCUCUGAUGGCGCCGAGGAUCUUGCCGAAGAGCCUGCGGUACAAAUGAUGAACAAGAAUGAAGCUGAAGCGGCCGCACCACCAGCGGCCGAAGCCACUACCACAACCGAAGCUCCCAAGGCGGAAGCACCUACAACAGCAGCACCGGAAUCCAAGGAGGAAGCAACACCAGCUGCGCCCACGAGUGCUACUGAAACGCCAACCAAGAAAGCAGAAACCACGCCAACAAGCACUCCUUCGUCUGCGGCCACCAAGGAGAAAAAGAAGAAGCAUCGAGUUAGCUCAUUCUUCAAGAAGAUCUUUGACUAG